UUUAGUCUCCGGUGGGUUUGUUUCAUUUUAUUCGUGUCACUAUGGACACGCACAGCGGGGUUUUCUUUGUAAAGAGACUUUUUGACGUGUCGAACGUGUCCGGGUCCGUGGGACCUCACGGCUGUGAUAACGGGGCUCUGACGGACCGGUUCGGGGUUCUGAUCCAGACUCUGCUGGCUGUGGUCGCCUUCAGCACGCUGAUGUUUAAGCGGUUUCGGGAGCCUGUAGGAAUCAGACGGCCGUGGAAGAUCUGGCUUUUUGACACGUCCAAGCAGGCUAUCGGCGCUCUGUUUGUCCACUUCGCCAACGUCUUCCUGUCCACGCUCACCAAAGAGGACUCGUGCUCCCUGUACCUGAUCAACUUCCUGCUGGACGCCACGCUGGGGAUGCUGGUCAUCUGGAUCACCAUCAAGCUGGUGUCCAAGCUGGUGGAGCUCAAGCAGUGGACGCUGCUCACUUUCGGUGAAUACGGUGACCCUCCGCAGGCGGGGGCGUGGCUCGGUCAGUGCGGCAUCUACCUGCUCAUGAUGGUUCUGGAGAAAGGUGUGAUCAGCCUGGUGCUGCUCGUCCCCGGAUGGACCAAAUUGCAGGAGGUGUUGCUGAGUUACAUCGCGGACCCUCAGGUGGAGCUGGUGCUGGUGAUGCUCGUCGUGCCCUUCAUGGUCAACGCCAUCAUGUUCUGGGUCGUGGACAGCCUGACAAUGAGAAGGUACAAGACCACGAAGUACCUGGAGGACUCGUGCGAUGGUGCCAUGAAGGCCAGCUCGCUGCCCUGCGUGACGGGUGAAGAAUCACAGGUCCUGCUGGCCACGGAGACGGAUGAGGCUUCAGAGGGGGAAGAGGAGCUGGGUGUGGGACCGGUCGUCCAGGUGCAGCAUUCACUGGGACCAGAGCGGCCGAGCUGGGUGGCGGUUUAGACCCAGGUGACAAACACCAACACACAAGAACCUCACAGGCAGAAAUGGCUGAAACCCUGAACCAGCUGGAGGUCAGCGUGUCUGAUUACUGCUGCCCAAAGACAGAAUUAUAGGACUUCAAAAAACCUGAGGAUGUGACGCGUCGAGCACAGCUGCAUCGAUCCAUAAAGGUGUUGAUGGUUCAAAGCAGUGCUCAUGUCUUUGAUAGGACGCGAGCAGGUGCACCAGGAUCAAAGUGCAGAAGAAAAUAGGAUGAACUGGGUUUGGCCUGAUGCUGCUCCACAGACUCAUUUAUCAAGUAUCCUGAUCCAGAGAGAGCGAACGUCCAAACAGACUGCACUGGUUUUUUAUGCUGACCGUCCUUCCUGCACGUUUUUUUUGGCUGCUGCACUUUGCUGCCUUUUUUUUUAAGGUGAUUCACAUUAUAAAGAAAUCUUGAUUUUUAGAAGGUGCUGAUGUUUGAUUACUUUCAUGUUUAUUCUGACAACAUACGGCACAUUUAUUUUAUCUGGAUUAGCUGAUGUUGGGGUGCAGGACGUUUUACAGCCAAGUCCAAACGGGGGGGUGUUGUUUCCGAGAACAGAGCCGUCACGUUACCGUCUCUGGUUUUCACUCAGCAGGUGUGCAGCUGCGUGUUGAUUUAACACAUCAGUGAUUUUCAGCUGUUAAAUGUAUUUUUCAUCCAUCCAUUUUCUUCCACUUUAUCCGGAGUCGGGUCGUGGGGGCAGCAGCUCAAGCAAAGCCGUCCAGACCUCCCGAUCCACACACACCUCCCCCAGCUCCUCCGGGGGAACC